AUGAGUACAGCCUACCACCCCCAGUCAGAUGGAGAAACGGAGCGCGUUAACCAAGAACUAGAAGUGUACCUCCGACUCUACUGUGGCAACAACCCCAAGUCAUGGGUAGACCGACUACCGGACCUCGAAUUCUGCCAUAACACAUGCGAACACUCAGCGUGGAAGAUGUCGCCAUUCCGCAUAAUGAUGGGAUACGAACCACACGAAAUCCCAUCGGUACUCCCUAGGACAAAUGUACCCUCGGUGGAAACUCGGUUAUCUGAACUCCAGAAGAUUCGAGAUGAGGCCCUAGCCAUGCACGAGCUAGCAAGACAGCAUAUGGCAGAACGGAUCAGAAAGGGCUCACCACACUUCACAAAGGGUCAGAAGGUCUGGCUCAAUACGAAGAACCUGAACAUCGGGUACCCGACACGGAAGAUGGCUCCAAAAUGUGAAGGCCCCUUUAUUAUUGAAGAACGUAUAGGCCCAGUGGACUACCGCCUGACCCUACCAUGA